AAUUCUAAUUGCAGCUUUGAAAAUGAACGAAUCUUCGUUUUUUGAAAUUGAAAUAUCAUUUAGAUACCUAGUAGAUAUCUAUGCCUAUACCUACCUACACUUACGUUGGCAUCGAGCUGUGUCAUAAAGCAAUUCAGGUAAGCAAAUUAUUAUCAUGAAAAUAUGUACAAGGAACUAUGGUACCUACGUAAGAAGUCGAACCAUCUGUGGAAACAUGAAUCACUACGACUUAGUAGUUGAUGUCAUAGUUAUUCCAUAAGAAAUCAAUUUUAAAACGAUUCUACGAGUAAGAUAUGUAGAAUUUGAUUUUUUUAAAACACCUGUAUCAACAAAAAUAUGAUUUUUUCGAACCUACCUAUGCGUAGAAUAUUGGAAUUUUAUGUAUCGGAGUCAUUCUCUGAUAGGUCUUGCGUUUCAAAACGACGUUGAAAUUGACGUGAAAAAUGAUUUCGCACGCUAAAGUUUUUGUUUUUUCCACAAUAGCUAUAGGUUUUGUUUUGAUGUUUUGUAAAGCCAACAUACUUAUAAGCAGCGAAACAUCAGCAGAAGAAAAAUACCGUAUGGAUUGGAUGGUAUUCCAGCACGUAGACAGAUUUCAUAGUUUUUACAGAAGGACGGAAGCCUGGGAAACGUUCGAAGAAAUGAAUGAACAUGUGAACAGUGAUUUCGAUUUCUUCAACACCGAUGACAACGUCAAAGAAUUGAGACAUUACAUGAAUUUUAUUGCAACUAGCGGAGUUCUUUUGAAUAAUAAUUUAUCAGUAUCGUAUUCUAUAUUAUACACGAAAUACGUAGCAACGUUUUAUGCUAUAAAUUUGCUCAAUAUUUAUAAAAUGAAGAGGAAAGAAUUCGAAUCCUGGAAUACUGACAAGUCGGUAAAUAAAAUAUUAAAAAAACAUGAGAAACAACACCUCAACGUAUAUUUGAAAAUUGGCCAGUAUUUAGCAUGGUAUGCUCACAUAGGAAAUGAUUUUCUACAAAAAAUAAUACACGAUACUUUGUCGGAAAAACCUAAUCAGUGUGGAGUGGAGGAGUACACCCAGUUUAAGGACUCAUAUAAUCGGUUUUACAAUAAAAUCAACGAAACAAUUUUCAAAACGAUGAAAUCUUAUAUUGACGACGAAAAAUCUCCAGACAUUGAUUUGAAUACUGUUUGGAAAAAUAUAUACAAAGAAUCUGCUGAAGAUAUCCAAAUAAUCAAUCGAUAUUUUACCGCGGUAUUAUUCGGAAAUUCACAAAAUAAAAUCACAGAAAAAGACUUUUUGGAAACUGUACAAAAGGAAUCUUUCAUGGCUAAAUUUGUCAGCGAUUUAUCGAUCAUGAAAGGACGCGAUAUCGAAGAAACUUAUGCCAAUUUUGAUAAUGAUGAUAGAAAAGAGAGUUAUGAAACUAAUGUAAUCAAUGUGAUGAUGGUGAUAGAAAGGAAUGAGAUGAUAAAAUCAAUGAAAAAGGAUUUUGACGAGCAAAUGAUUCUCAAUCAAAAACCUGGUCAAUAUGUUGUAUUAGAGCCAUUGCCUCUAGAAGAAGUGUACACUUGUCUACGAUUUAAACAUAAACAACCCGAAAAAUUAUUAUCGCCGAAGAAAGAAGAUUCUGCAACAAGCAGUACCUAA